UGUGACUUUCUCUUCCUUUCAUCUCUCUCUCUUCUGUGACUUUCUCUUCCUUUCAUCUCUCUCUCUCUUAGAGCUUCUCUUCUACAUCUGAUUCGACGGGAGCUAUUAGAGAUUUUGAUUAGUGUUGCCAAGCGACGAUGAAGAGGAUUCCGUCGACAUCAGCUAAGAUUCUGGUCAAGGAUGACUGGGUGGUGACGGCUAUGACUGACGACGAGAUGGUUGUUGAGCUUCUUUUACGGCUCAAGCAUGCUGGUACUGCAGUGGCGGAUAAUCCGGCCGCCACGAAUCUUCCUCCGUUACGAUGGGGAAUCCGUCAGCGACGUUCUCGGUCCUCAAGAUUCGCUGGCGGCGGCGUCGGCGUUAUCGUUUCAAUGAAGAAGGAUGUCGAUUCCGUUAGAGCUAGUCCGAAGACUCCUCUCUCCUGGAGCGGCGGAUCUGGAAACCGUAGCGGAUCUGGUAGCCGUGGCGGAUCUGGAAGCCGUGGCGGCUCUGCAUCUCCUUCAGCUGAUGGGUUCGAGGAUACUAGUCGUCAAGCUAGCUGCUCUACGUCUACAGGAUCUGGAUCUAAGGUCUUUCCCACUAACGAAAUCACUAGUUCCUUCUCUAAGAGAUUGAGGAAAAAGAAGUCAUCUUCUGAGCUUAAAAACGAAGAGAACUUGAAGCUGAAAGAAAGACUAGACCUUGAAAAGGAGAUUGCAAGUCUCCGAGCAACGUUUGACGAACAAAACGUCAGGAAUCAGAGAUUGAAGAGAAUUAAGCUUGACUUGAACUCAGGCCGUGUAAAGAAGGAGACACGGGUUGAUCUCAGCCAUAAACAACAAGCGGUAUCAAAAUCGUGCAGAGUAGAUGGAAGAAAUGGUGAAUCAGAAAACAAAGGGAGUGUGUUCUUCAGCUUUGAUCUCAACAUGGUACCAUCAGAGGAGGAGAUGAUAUUGUAAGGAACUAGCUAGAAGAAAGGUGUUGCGAUAUGAUUUUACACAAGUCAAAAGAAGGAGGGAGCUGGAGGUUUUAACAAAGAAAGUGAAUUGUAAUACUUCAAAAAAAAAAAAGAGAGAGAGAGAGGGUAAACAUCUCCCGAGUUCACAAUUCUUGUUUUCUCAGUUUCCUUCUAUGUUUGGGGGGUAAAACGCUCAAUUACUUAACUCUCUUCUUGAUUAUUAUUAUUUUUUCUAGAAGAAAGGUGGGAAAUUAGCUUCUUUCUCAUUUGUACCGAUUCGUUGUAGUUAAAAAGCUUUUUCUUUUAUUGGAAA